AUCGAAUUCUAAAUUUAAUUAAACAACUAAUUUUUUUCUCUCUCUCUCUCUCUUGUUCGAAAAGCUCUCAGAAAGCUCCUCGCUGUAUAUAUACAAUAAAUUAACUAAAAAUCUAGGGCUUCUAUCGAAUAAUUUAUUUAAUCCGAUUCAUCCAUGGCGGUUCAAGCUGGAAUCGGCGUUUCUCGCCUCAUCCUCUUAGUCGGAGCAGGAUAUGGCGGAACGGUGCUGCUUCAGAAUCGCAAGUUAUCGGAAAUUAUAGGCGAUAUUCAGUCGUUUGUAGCUAGGCAGGAGAAGAAUGGGGAAAAUGGCGAAUCUGAUAUCUCUGAUGCUAUUGCUACUCAGGUCAAAAGGCUAGCAAUGGAGGUCAAGCAACUUGCCUCUGCUCGACAAAUUACUGUUCUGAAUGGGAGCUCUGGGGGUAAUGUAACGGCCUUGAUAGUACCAGCUGCUUUGCUGGGAACUGUGGGUUAUGGAUACAUGUGGUGGAAGGGUGUAUCAUUCUCGGACCUUAUGUAUGUUACUAAGAAGAGCAUGUCUACUGCUGUUUCAAAUUUGACAAAGCAUUUGGAGCAUGUGUCUGACGCUCUUGCUGCAACCAAAAAGCACUUGACUCAGCGAAUUGAGAACUUGGAUGGAAAGCUAGAUGACCAGAUAGAGGUUUCAAAGUUAAUAAAGACUGAGGUGACUGAUGUUCGUGCUGAACUUUCGGAUAUUGGUUAUGACCUGAAUACUAUACAGUCUCUGGUUCAUGGCUUGAAUGGGAAGAUCAUGACUUUGGAAGAAAAGCAGGAUUUUGCAAAUAAUGGCAUCUUAUACCUGGUUGACUGUGUUAAUGGAAAAGGGGUUGCUUCACCACAAAUGUUGCAGGUGCAGGAGCAACUCAAACUUUCUGCAAAGACGAAGGGGUUACUAACUUCUUCAGAAGCACCGCCUAUUAAGGGUUUUAAGGAUAUUGAAGACUUUCUGCUAGGGGGUGUCAACAGUCCUGCAUCUGAUGGCAAGGUUGAGAAGUUGCCAGGCCUACCCAGAAGAAUGAUUAGGACGAGAACAGCCAUUUGUUAGAAGAGAAGAAGCUUAAGAAAGUCUCUGCAUGUUGCAGAAGAUGACUCGUCAAUAAAUAAAGAACUUCCAUCAGAUAAAUUUUGAGUAUAUGAAGUGCUGGAGACAUCAUGUUGAAGUACAUAAUUUCACAUAUUAAAUUUAUUUUCAAAUUUCUACGAAUUCCUUUGGAAAGUUAAAUACGACCCAAGUUGAACAAUGUCUUUCAUUCUCAUCUAGAAAUGGGUAAAAUAUAUGCUGACCUCUGCAAAGACUGAUCAAUAAUUAUUUUUUUUAUUUGGAUGUUUUUGAUACUUUUA